AUGUCUAACAAAGCUCUCAUCCUCGUCGGAGGCCCUUCCAGGGGAACUAGAUUCCGCCCUCUAUCUCUUGAUCUCCCCAAGCCCCUGUUCGAGGUUGCCGGCCACCCCCUCAUUUACCAUCCCCUCAAGGCGGUUGCAAAAGUUCCUUCCAUCAAAGAAGUUUACUUGAUUGGCUACUACGAGGAAUCUAUCUUUGCGCCAUACAUUCGCCAGUGGUCUACGGAAUUCCCUCAGUUCACGAUUAAGUAUCUACGCGAGUAUACCGCUUUGGGGACCGCAGGAGGGCUAUACCAUUUCCGCGAUGCUAUCAUGAAGGGGAACCCGAGCAGACUUUUCGUCAUCAACGCGGAUGUCUGCUGUUCUUUCCCCCUUAAAGACAUGCUCGACAUGUUUGAGGAGAAAGAGGCAGAGGCGGUGCUAUUGGGAACUAAGGUUAGCAAUGAGGCCGCGAGCAAUUUUGGAUGCAUUGUCGUCGACCCAAAGACCUCUCAAGUCCGCCAUUAUGUCGAGAAGCCGGAAUCCCAUAUCAGCAAUUUGAUCAAUUGCGGUGUUUACCUCUUUAGCUCCUCGGUCUUCUCUCUCAUUCGCUCGGCAAUGGAAGAUAAGGCCAUUCGCCUCGCCUCAGAUCCCACACUUGACCCCAGUGAUGGCGACACCUCUUCGGUCUUGCGCUUGGAACAGGACAUUCUUGGCCCCCUUUCGGACUCACGCCGUUUCUUUGUUUACGAAACGCGUGACUUUUGGCGUCAGAUCAAGACUGCUGGUUCGGCUGUCCCCGCCAAUGCUCUCUACUUGCAGAAGGCCUGGCAAUCGGAAUCCAACGAACUUAGCCAGCCUUCCGCAUUCAUUGUUCCCCCUGUUUACAUCCACCCGACUGCGGUGGUUGAUCCCACAGCCAAGCUAGGCCCUAAUGUUUCCAUCGGCCCUAGAGCAGUGAUUGGAGCAGGCGCUCGUGUCAAAGAAAGCAUUGUUCUAGAGGAUGCAGAAAUCAGACAUGAUGCCUGCGUUUUGUACUCAAUUAUUGGUUGGCAGAGCAAGGUCGGCGCUUGGGCUCGUGUCGAGGGAACUCCAAUGAGUGUGACGGAGCACUCCACGACAGUCGUCAAGAACGGCGUUCGUGUGCAAAGCGUCAGUAUCCUCAGCCGAGAUUGUAAAGUUGGGGACGAAGUGAGAGUUUGGAAUUGCGUCACUUUGCCGUUCAAGGAAUUGAAGAGGGACGUUUCCAACGAAGUCAUUAUGUAAUUUUGCCGUUCAACGAACUAGUAAUGAUGCUCUUGUUGGAGAAGGGUCAGAAACUUAUGCCCCCCCCCAAAAAUCGCUGUUUUUUUAUACCUUGUAUGUAAUGAGUUGGUGAAUUCCCUAUCCUCUUGGCUAUCUAUGGGGAGGAUAGCUACGUUCCGGGGAUCUAGUGAAAUUCGGCCGACCUAAAGUUACUAAAA